UUUGUUGUUUUUUUUUUUUUCAUUGAGAAAAUAGAAACUUGAUGAUUUAUUGACGAUAUUUUUUGGAAAAUCAUCAAGAGUCAAAUUGUGACAGUGUGGUGAACAUAACUGAACAAUUUUUCUUAUUUAUUUUUUACAUGAGAAGAACUUGAUGACUAGAAAACAUGUGGCGAAACGUCAUUUGACACGUUGUCCACUGUGAUUAAUAUAUAUAUUUUUUUUAUUAUUUAAUUUAUAAAUUUUUUAAAAGCUAAAAAUUCAACAAAAAAGCACGAGGUUACGAUUGAAUAAAAUUACAAGAGUUUUUAAAAAAAAAAAAAUUACUUAGAGGAGUACAAGUUCAAGUGAUUUUAAUUUCAUUUUUUUUAAAUUUUUUUUCUAUAAAAAUAAUAUAUCUCACCUUGAAUAUUGAUGAACAUUGUUGCAACGAAAAAUAAGCAAACUUGAGAAAAAAAAAAGAACAAAAAAUACAUAAAUACAGAACAAGUGAGAGUCCUGAAAAUUGUGUUACUUUUGUUUCUCUGACCAGAGCAACGUGGACAUAUUUAAAUAGUUUAUUAAUAAGCUAAUUUAUUAAUAAAGUGUGACAAGAAAUUGUCAAAAUUGCGACCAUCAUGAGGAUCAAAAUGCCUGCAGUUCGGAUCGCACAAGCGGAAACGUCACAAGGAACAAUACCACCGGACACAGUACAGUGUGGUGGUUGUCGUGUAUCAUAUCCACUUGGUGAAAUUCUACGUUUUAUUGAACACAAAGUAAAUCAUUGUCGUAAUAAUUUACAAGGUUGUCACAGUCCACCAUUAACAAAAGCACAUGAAGAUUCAGAUCCAGAAGAUGCACUUGGAUUAAAAUUAAUUGAUACAGAAAAAUUAAAUUCAGUACCAAGUAUAUCAGCACCAAUUAAUAAACGUUGUGUACGUAUUGAAAGUCCACCAACACCACAAUCUAGUAAUACUAAUGACAGUGGUAGUCCAAUUGAAUUACGUGCCAGUGCAAGUUCAACACCAAAGAGAAGAACUGAGGGUUGUGAUGAUGAUAAAGAUGAUUUACCCAAAAAAGCUAAAACUGAAUCUGUUGAUGCUGAUACAAAUACCAUUAAUUCCGAGCCAAGAUGUCUACAGUGUUCACAAUGUUCGCGACGUUUAAAUUCAGCAUGGGAAUUAAUUCAACACUCACAAAGUAUACAUGGUACAAGAUUAUAUGGUACAACAAAUUCAAGUGGAAAUUCAUUAUCAAAUACACCAGCACCAAGUCCAUCAACACCAACACCAAGUCAUUCACAUCAUUUAAGUCCGCCCAAUCAUCUUAAUUUAAGUUGUAAAUCAAGUGGUAGUUCAUCAGCUGCAAAUUCAUCUGGUGGAAAUGGUGUUGGAAAUGGUAGCGGUGGAAGUGGUGGUUGUAAUAAUACAAGUGGUGGUAGUAAUAAUAGUCGUCAACAAACAUUACAAACAUCAACAUCAUCAUUGGUUGGUGAUCCAUUACACAGUUUUUUAAGAUUACCACAACAUCUUGAACGUAGUUUUCCACCAAUGUUUAGACCAGAUUUUUUAACUUUAAAUCCAUUAGCUGGUUAUCGUGGCUUACAAGAUUUACAAACAGCAACAAGAAAUUUACAAAAUCUUGGUGAUCCAUUACGUGGUAUGGAUGGUUUAAAUCUUGGUGAUCCACUUGUUAGAAGUUCACUUGAUACAUUAACAAAUAAUGCAAGAAAUUUAGUUAAUUUAAGUGAAUUAACACAUGGUAGAGGUCUUACUGGACAAACACAUACACCACAACUUGAAGCUAAUCUGGAUUUUUAUUCAGCGCGUCUAAGGAGCCUCGCUAACCCAUCCUUAGGCGCGGCUCCUCCAAAUUCAUCCGUAAAUAAUCAAUCAAUCGUUACUGGGGUUCAGCAACAACAGCCAUCAUUACAACCAUCAUCCCAAUCAUCACAAUCACAACAACAACCACCACAACCACCAUCAUCAUUAUCAUCAUCAACAUCAUCAACCUCAUCAUCAGCAUCAUCAUCAUUAUCACACAGAGAACAAUUACAUCAUCAUCAACAACAGCAAAUAACAUUGGACUCAUCAAAAAGUCCAGUAUCAACAAAUUUAACAUCACAUGUACUAUCACAAAAAGAAAAUUCACCACCAUCAUAUACUCAAAGUCCAACUAGUGGCAACAACAACAACAAUAACAACAAUAGCAAUAUUAACAAUAAUAAUAUUAAUAUUAAUAAUAAUAAUAAUAAUAGCAACAUUAAUAAUAAUAACAAUAACAAUUCAACAGAAAGUGAUAAAUUAAAUUUACAAGUAACAACAACACCAAUUAUAAAUGAGUCAAAUGAAACAGUAUAUACAUGUGAAGUAUGUGAUAAAAAAUUUAGAUUUCAAUCAAAUUUGAUUGUACAUAGACGUAGCCAUGAAGAGAAAGAACGUCAAUAUCAAGACACAACAAAUCAAGAUAUAACACAUUGUGAUUUAUGUAAUUUAGAAUUUUCAAAUUAUAAUGAUUUAUGUAAACACAUGAGAAAGCUACAUCAAGAUACAAUAAAUGCAUCAAGUCCACAGGGUAGUGUUGAAACAGUACCAGAUGAUGGCUCAAGUUGUGAUGAUAAUAUGGAUCUUGAUGAUGUUGAUGAUAAUGAUGAUAAUAAAUUAAUAAAUGAUGAUACAACUGAAGAAAAUACACCAGAAGAUUUAAGUACAACACAAGGACAAAGUAGUGAUGAUAAUAAUUGUCGUAUUGAUAUUAAACCAAGUUUAGUUGGUGAUUUAAUGGAAAAAUUUGGUUUAAAUAAUAUUGCACAAUAUUCAGAGGCAUAUAGACAAGCAUUACAAGAAAAUCAUCGUGGUAGUUAUUUAAAAAAUGAUAAAAUUAAAAAUAUAACAACAACAAUUAAUAAUAAUAAUAAAGAAAAAGAUACAUUAUCACCAAUUAAUUUUAAUAAUACAACAAAUUUAAAUAUAAAUACAGCAACAACACCACCAACAACAUUAACAACAACAACAACAACAACACCACCAACAACAAAUAAUAAUUUAUUUUCUGGACAAGGUUAUACACGUACUAGUGGACAUGAUUUUGGUGGUUUAUGGCUACCAACACCUCAUUAUUUAGAUAACAAUGAAUUUCGUAAAAUAAAUAAAGCAACAACAUCAAGUUUAACACUACAAGGUUUACCAAGUCCAUUAUUAAAAAAAGAAAGAAAUGGAAGAAAUGAUACAUGUGAAUUUUGUGGUAAAGUAUUUAAAAAUUGUUCAAAUUUAACUGUUCAUAGACGUUCACAUACUGGUGAAAAACCAUAUAAAUGUGAAUUAUGUUCAUAUGCAUGUGCACAAAGUUCAAAAUUAACAAGACAUAUGAAAACUCAUGGUAGACAUGGUAAAGAUACAUAUAAAUGUCGUUUUUGUGAAAUGCCAUUUUCUGUACCAAGUACACUUGAAAAACAUAUGAGAAAAUGUGUUGUUGUUGUACAACAAGGAACAAAAGGUUUAGGAUUAUCAUAUCCAGGUAGUCAAGAUGAAGAUUCAUCAUUAAGUACUAAAGAUACUUGAUCUUGGAAUGGCAGCCUACAGCCGCCAAUACCACCACCAACAACAUCAUCAACAACAACAACAACAAUGUGGCCACUCAGGCCGCCUUAUUCGGUUUAUUGAAAUAAAUUAUAUGACCUCAAUUUUAAUAAUCCAUUAUUUAACAUAACAAUGAAUAUGAAUAAAUACACAUAUGAUGUUUAUAAAUUCAUACAAAAUUUAUUAAUUAACAAUAAAAUUAAUCAAUUUUGAUUAUUUUAUUUUUAAUUUUUCAUAAAUCAUUGACAAAUGUUGAAUAAAAAAAAUUAUUUAUCAUGAUCUUUUAAAUGAUCCUGUACAAAAUUUAGAGGUCACUAAAAAAUAAACCUGGAUGACACCAAAUUAACAAAGAAAAAAUUAUUUCUUGAUCAAAAAUCAACAAGAAAUCGAUAGUUACCAUAAACUAAAAAAAGUUAAUCAUAUAAAUACUAAAUGGUAUAUACAUGUGAAUAUUAAAUAUAUUAAUUAUAAUAAAUUCUUUAUAUAAAUAUAUAUAUAUAAAUAAAAAAAUAUAAAUAUAUAAAUAAUAAUACAUUCAACCACCAUCAAAACAUCACGAUAAGAUAAUAAAAAAAUCAGAAAAAAAAAAAACUUUAUUAUUGAAGAUUAUUUAUUUAACAAUAUAGAAAAAACGGUAAUAUAUUGUCAUGAGAUAUUAGGAGAGGAUUAAGAUUAAAUUUAAAUAAAUAUGUAAACAAUAUUAUAUAAUUAAAAAAAAUUAUUAUUAAUAAAGAUAAUAAGAAAAUGUUAAGUGAUUGAUGAAAAUAAUAAUCGAUAAGUCAAGAAGGUAUUAGCAAAGGAAGAAACAAAAGAAACUCUUUUUUUUUUAUUUCGUCCUUUUCUCUUGUACAUUUUUGUUGAUUACAUAUUAUUGUAAAUUAAUUAUUAUUAUUAUUAUU